CUAUGUCCGGAGCAAGGACUUUCGGGACUGCCUCAUGAGUACGCAUUUCUGGGGCCCUGUAGCCAACUGGGGUCUUCCCAUUACUGCCAUCAAUGACAUGAAAAAGUCUCCAGAGAUUAUCAGUGGGCGGAUGACAUUUGCCCUCUGUUGUUACUCCUUGACAUUCAUGAGAUUUGCCUACAAGGUCCAGCCUCGAAACUGGCUUCUGUUUGCAUGCCAUGCCACAAAUGAAGUAGCCCAGCUCAUUCAGGGAGGACGCCUUAUCAAACAUGAGAUGAGUAAAAAGGCAUCAGCAUAACAGUGGAAAAUGGGCAACCAGGUGUUUGAAGGGACAGCGUCAGCGCUGCUGCUGAGUCACAGAUUCCAUCCUCAGAAUAGUCUUGCUAAGGAAAAUAAGCUGAAUGCUAUUUUUACUAACCAAUUUUUCUAGAAAUAGCUGAGAGUCCCUAAGCCAACUCUCUACUGCCUUA